UCCUUAAGACUCCAUUCCCCAGCAAGCUCUGCGCGUAGCGUGAGCUAUGGAGCCGCAGGUCGCAGAACUGAAGCAGAAGAUUGAGGACACGUUGUGCCCUUUUGGCUUCGAGGUUUACCCCUUUCAGGUGGCAUGGUAUAAUGCACUCCUGCCUCCAACCUUCCACCUAACCCUGCCAGGACCUACCCUGGCCUUCCUAGUACUCAGCACACCUGCCAUGUUUGAUCGGGCCCUCAAACCGUUCCUGCAGAGCUGCCACCUCCAACGACUGACUGACCCUGUGGACCAAUGUGUGGCCUACCACUUGGGCCGAGUUAGAGAGAACCUCCCAGAAUUGCAAAUCGAAGUCAUCGCUGACUAUGAAGUACACCCCAAUCGGCGCCCCAAGAUUCUGGCCCAGACUGCAGCCCAUGUGGCAGGGGCUGCUUACUACUACCAACGAAAGGAUGUGGAGGCUGACCCCUGGGGGGACCAGCACAUAUCGGGUGUGUGCAUACACCCCCGAUAUGGGGGCUGGUUUGCCAUCAGAGGAGUGGUGCUCCUGCCAGGAAUAGAGGUGCCAGAUCUGCAACCCACAAAGCCCCUGGACUGUGUACCUAAAAGAGCUGACCGAAUCACCUUGCUUGAAGGGUUUAAUUUCCACUGGCGUGACUGGACAUACCGGGAUGCUGUGACACCACAGGAGCGCUACUCAGAAGAGCAGAAGGCUUACUUUUCCACUCCACCUGCCCAACGUUUAGCCUUCUUGGGCUUGGCCCAGCCCUCAAAGGAUCCUAGCUCUAGGCCUGCUGAACUACCUUUUACAGUACACAGACCCAAAAACCCCCAGAAUCCCAGCAGAGUCCGCGGCUGGCUCAGCCCCCAUGUCUCACCACCAGCAUCCCCUGGCCCUUCCCUCCCCUGAGAUCCCUAUUGAUAAGUGGGACUUGCUGGGACUUGUUUUGCUUUUUGGCAAGGCAAGGUUUUAUUUUAGGUAUAUUCUUGAUAGAAGAAUUCUAGAGAUCUUCAAUGAAGAUAAGGCUCAGAAUUUAGUCAAAACAAAUCAAAGAUCCAGAAUUCCCACCUGGCUUGGAAUAUGGGAUUAUUCCUGUUUGCAUUUCUCCGCAAUGCUCCAAAAUGCUACUUGUUAUGAAGUCUUGGGGCACCUGGGUGACUCAGUAUGUUAAAUGUCUGCCCUCAGCUUAGGUCACAAUCCUGGGUUCCUGGGAUCAAGCCCCACAUUUGGUUCCCUGCUCCUCAGGGAGACAGCUUCUCCCUCUCUGCCCUUCCCCCUGCUUGUCCUGUCAAAUAGAAUCUUAUUUAAAAUGGCUUUCUAAAGGGUUAUCAUCCACUAAUGGCAUCUGCCUCAUAGGCUUAUUGUGGGUAAUGAAUAAAUACAUGUAAAGCACUUCUGAAA